CUUCUGCCACCCUAUCCUUAGUCCCUGGACCUUGCUGUGGGCUGGUAGCCCAUUCCUUCCCGACCCAGGCUUCCCCCCAUCCUCUUCUUGCGUGGUCCCUAGCACUUUCUGUAUCCGGGCCGACUAAGCUUGUCCCCUCUUCUCCUCCUGGCCCUCUUCCCCAGGCUCCAGGCUGGGUGGCGCUUGUGCCUGCCCAGUAGGCCAGAGCGGCCCCUGGUUCGGGGGACCGUGGGUCAGCUGCUCUAUCCCCAUGGCACUGCCAUCCCUGCUGCUGGUGGUGGCAGCCCUGGCAGGUGGGGUGCGUCCUCCGGGGGCACGGAACCUGACGCUGGCGGUGGUGCUGCCAGAACACAACCUGAGCUAUGCCUGGGCCUGGCCACGGGUGGGUCCUGCUGUGGCACUGGCUGUGGAGGCACUGGGCCGGGCACUGCCCGUGGACCUGCGGUUUGUCAGCUCCGAACUAGACGGCGCCUGCUCUGAGUACCUGGCACCACUGCGCGCUGUGGACCUCAAGCUGUACCAUGACCCCGACCUUCUGUUGGGCCCCGGUUGUGUGUACCCCGCUGCCUCUGUGGCUCGCUUUGCCUCACACUGGCACCUUCCCCUCCUGACUGCGGGUGCAGUGGCCUCUGGUUUUGCAGCUAAGAAUGAGCAUUAUCGUACCCUGGUUCGCACUGGCCCCUCUGCGCCCAAGCUGGGUGAGUUUGUAGUGACAUUGCACGGGCAUUUCAAUUGGACAGCUCGGGCUGCUUUGCUGUAUUUGGAUGCUCGCACAGAUGACCGGCCCCACUACUUCACCAUCGAGGGCGUCUUUGAGGCCCUGCAGGGCAGCAACCUCAGUGUGCAGCACCAGGUGUAUGCCCGAGAGCCAGGUGGCCCUGAGCAAGCCACCCACUUCAUCCGAGCCAACGGGCGCAUUGUAUAUAUCUGUGGCCCCCUGGAGAUGCUGCAUGAGAUCCUGCUUCAGGCCCAGAGGGAGAACCUGACCAAUGGGGACUACGUCUUCUUUUACCUUGAUGUCUUUGGGGAGAGUCUCCGAGCAGGUCCCACACGCGCAACAGGCCGGCCGUGGCAGGACAAUCGAACCCAGGAACAGGCCCAGGCCCUCAGAGAGGCCUUUCAGACUGUACUGGUGAUCACAUACCGAGAACCCCCAAAUCCGGAGUAUCAGGAGUUUCAGAAUCGCCUGCUGAUCAGAGCCCGGGAAGACUUUGGCGUGGAGCUGGCCCCAUCCCUGAUGAACCUCAUAGCUGGCUGUUUCUAUGAUGGGAUCCUGCUCUACGCCCAAGUCCUGAAUGAGACAAUACAGGAAGGGGGCACCAGGGAAGAUGGACUUCGAAUUGUGGAGAAGAUGCAGGGACGAAGAUACCAUGGUGUAACUGGACUGGUUGUCAUGGACAAGAACAAUGACCGUGAGACUGACUUUGUCCUGUGGGCCAUGGGAGACUUGGAUUCUGGGGACUUCCAGCCCGCAGCCCACUACUCAGGAGCUGAGAAGCAGAUUUGGUGGACAGGCCGGCCAAUUCCCUGGGUGAAGGGGGCCCCACCUUUGGACAAUCCCCCCUGUGCCUUUGACUUGGACGACCCAUCCUGUGAUAAAACUCCACUCUCCACCCUGGCAAUCGUGGCCCUGGGCACGGGAAUCACCUUCAUCAUGUUUGGUGUUUCCAGUUUCCUAAUUUUCCGAAAACUGAUGCUGGAGAAGGAGCUGGCUAGCAUGCUGUGGCGCAUUCGCUGGGAAGAACUGCAGUUUGGCAACUCGGAUCGCUAUCACAAAGGUGCAGGCAGUCGCCUGACGCUGUCACUGCGGGGAUCCAGUUACGGCUCGCUCAUGACAGCCCAUGGGAAAUACCAGAUCUUUGCCAACACCGGUCACUUCAAGGGAAAUGUUGUUGCCAUCAAACACGUGAAUAAGAAGCGCAUUGAGCUGACCCGGCAAGUUCUGUUUGAACUCAAACAUAUGAGAGAUGUUCAGUUCAACCAUCUUACUCGAUUCAUUGGAGCCUGCAUAGACCCUCCCAACAUCUGCAUUGUCACCGAGUAUUGUCCUCGUGGGAGCUUACAAGAUAUUCUGGAAAAUGACAGCAUCAAUUUGGACUGGAUGUUUCGCUACUCGCUCAUUAAUGACCUUGUGAAGGGCAUGGCCUUUCUCCACAACAGCAUUAUUUCAUCUCAUGGAAGCCUCAAGUCCUCCAACUGUGUGGUGGAUAGUCGAUUUGUGCUCAAAAUAACAGAUUAUGGUCUGGCUAGCUUCCGAUCAACUGCUGAACCGGACGACAGCCAUGCCCUCUAUGCCAAGAAGCUGUGGACUGCCCCAGAACUGCUUAGUGGGAACCCCUUGCCAACCACGGGCAUGCAGAAGGCAGAUGUCUACAGCUUUGCCAUCAUUCUACAGGAAAUAGCACUUCGCAGUGGCCCUUUCUACUUGGAAGGCCUGGACCUCAGUCCCAAAGAGAUUGUCCAGAAGGUACGAAAUGGUCAGAGGCCAUAUUUCCGGCCAAGCAUUGACCGGACACAACUGAAUGAAGAGUUAGUUUUGCUGAUGGAGAGAUGCUGGGCUCAGGACCCAACAGAACGUCCAGACUUUGGGCAAAUCAAAGGCUUCAUUCGCCGGUUUAACAAGGAAGGUGGUACCAGCAUAUUGGACAACCUCUUGCUGCGCAUGGAACAGUAUGCCAAUAACCUGGAAAAGCUGGUGGAGGAACGCACACAGGCCUAUCUAGAGGAGAAACGCAAAGCUGAGGCUCUGCUGUACCAAAUUCUACCCCAUUCGGUUGCAGAGCAGUUAAAACGGGGAGAGACGGUUCAAGCAGAGGCCUUUGACAGUGUCACCAUCUACUUCAGUGACAUCGUGGGCUUCACAGCACUGUCAGCUGAGAGCACGCCCAUGCAGGUGGUGACACUUCUUAAUGACCUUUAUACCUGCUUUGAUGCCAUAAUCGACAACUUUGAUGUCUACAAGGUGGAAACCAUUGGGGAUGCCUACAUGGUGGUAUCUGGCUUGCCGGGCCGAAAUGGUCAGCGCCAUGCACCAGAAAUUGCUCGAAUGGCCCUAGCAUUACUAGAUGCUGUUUCUUCCUUCCGCAUCCGCCAUCGACCCCAUGACCAGCUGAGGUUACGCAUAGGCGUCCAUACCGGGCCAGUCUGUGCUGGGGUGGUUGGCCUGAAGAUGCCCCGGUACUGUCUUUUUGGAGACACAGUAAACACUGCUUCUCGAAUGGAGUCUAAUGGCCAAGCUCUAAAGAUUCAUGUCUCCUCGACCACCAAGGAUGCCCUGGAUGAGCUAGGAUGCUUCCAGCUAGAGCUCCGUGGGGAUGUGGAGAUGAAGGGAAAAGGAAAAAUGCGAACUUACUGGCUCUUGGGAGAGCGAAAAGGACCUCCGGGACUCCUGUAGACCACAGGGAGACAGUCUCCUGCUGCUGGUACUUGGAUGGGCAAUGGUCACCGUGUCUCCACACAACAAAAACAGAUGUCGCCAUUUGAGAUGGAAACCAUGCAUACACACAACCCCCUGCCUUAUAUGGAAGUCAUAGCCCUCUGAAGUUCAGCCGUGUACAUAUAUACCUGUCCCUCCCUGUCCUCUUCCUGCCUUCUGUAAAUAUCUGUAUCUAGACCAGAAUAUUUUGUCCAAGUAUAAAACAACAACAACAAA